UUCUUACAGGGUCCCAUGGGUCCCCGUGGUCCUGCUGGUCCCCCUGGCAAGAACGGAGAUGAUGGUGAGUCUGGCAAGCCUGGUCGCGCCGGUGAGCGUGGAGCUUCCGGCCCACAGGGAGCUCGUGGAUUCCCCGGAACCCCCGGCCUUCCCGGCAUCAAGGGACACAGAGGAUUCAGCGGUCUGGAUGGAGCUAAGGGAGAGUCUGGCCCUGCUGGACCCAAGGGAGAGGGUGGUGCAUCCGGUGAGAACGGAGCCCCUGGAGCCAUGGGGCCCCGUGGUCUGCCUGGUGAGAGAGGCCGUUCUGGUCCCAACGGAGCUGCUGGUGCUCGUGGUAACGAUGGUGCUGCUGGUGCUGCUGGUCCUCCU